AUGCAGACUCUAGACCUGAGCAGGGGUAUGUCCAUUGACUUGCAUCUUGACCCCACUUUACAUUUCCAAUCAGGAAGAUGGAUCGAUCAAACAACCCCUUGCAACAACUCAACAAGAAUCCACACAAGCAAACUUUUCAUUAUCUCUAUAUCUCUUGAAUGCAUUUACAAGACAAGAGGAUCCGGCCAAAAUCAGAGCGUUCACAGGGGUUGUGGUCCUCCAUCUUGCCCUGAUGUACCAACGCACAAAUCCUUCAAGAUCCUUCACAAGAUUUUACAAAAAAAGCUCUGCAGCCUUCAAAUCUCUGAGUGGAAGUCCUUUGCACACAGCCAAGGUGGCUAA